AUGAAGAUCUCCAAAGUUCUCGCGGCCUUGCCACUUGUCGGCGGCGUUCUUGGGAAACCACUCGAGUCUCGCGCUGUCACGGAUUUCACGGCAUACGCCUACGGGCCUGACGGCAUCGGAGGCUUCCCCGUCAUUGCCAUUGAUGACAUUGCCUACAUCACUUCCGACCGGGAAUCCACAGCUAACGUGGCCAAGAAUGUUACCUUUAACUCCUUUACCAACCAAGGCAACAUCACCGCCACCAUUCCUACCCAGGGGACCAGCCUCCUCUUCGUCCCGUCAGAGUCUGGUGCUGUUGGCUUUACCAACACCACGGAUGACUCGUCGCAAAUCACCACCGGCUUUGGCUUUUAUGGGCAUGUAAUUUUCGUUUCCAUAAAUGGCGCCAUGACUACUGAGUGGUAUGCAUUGCCAACUAACACGAGCACUCUCUGGCAACUUACUUGGAAUGACGAGUCGGCUUCGGCCAUUCCCGUUGCCCUUCGAAAUCUUGAGCCAUCGUAG